UUGGCUGAGCAGGCAAGGGGGAGGUGGCGUUGUUGGUGGUGAUCGCUGCAAGCCUUUGCUCCCUCCCCCUCCUUUCCCCCCACCCACCUGUUUACCCUCUUUCCUUUCCCCUCCUCCCGCCCGCAGCCUCCGGGUGGCGGCGACUGAGCCGGGCGAGGGGGGCGCCGCUCCCUCCUCCGAGCGGCGGCGCGCCAUGAGUGUUGGCGGGGGGCGGGUGUGCGACCUGUCCCGCAGGAACCCCCAGGAAGACUUUGAGCUCAUCCAGCGCAUCGGCAGCGGUACCUACGGCGACGUCUACAAGGCUCGGAAUGUUAACACAAGUGAACUGGCAGCGAUUAAAGUAAUAAAAUUAGAACCAGGAGAAGAUUUUGCUGUUGUUCAGCAAGAAAUCAUUAUGAUGAAAGAUUGUAAGCAUCAAAACAUUGUUGCUUAUUUUGGCAGCUAUCUCAGGCGAGACAAGCUGUGGAUUUGCAUGGAGUUCUGCGGAGGUGGUUCAUUGCAGGACAUUUACCAUGUGACUGGUCCUCUUUCAGAACAGCAGAUUGCUUAUGUUAGCAGAGAAACACUACAGGGUUUAUAUUAUCUUCAUAGCAAAGGAAAAAUGCACAGAGACAUAAAGGGAGCAAAUAUUCUUUUAACUGAUAAUGGCCAUGUGAAAUUAGCUGAUUUUGGAGUUGCAGCACAAAUAACAGCUACGAUUGCCAAAAGGAAAUCUUUCAUUGGAACUCCAUAUUGGAUGGCUCCUGAAGUUGCUGCUGUUGAAAGGAAAGGUGGAUAUAAUCAACUUUGUGAUCUCUGGGCUGUUGGAAUAACUGCUAUAGAACUAGCAGAACUUCAGCCCCCUAUGUUUGACUUGCAUCCAAUGAGGGCACUCUUCUUAAUGACGAAAAGCAACUUUCAGCCUCCCAAGCUAAAGGACAAAAUGAAAUGGUCAAAUAGUUUCCAUCAUUUUGUGAAAAUGGCACUUACAAAGAAUCCUAAAAAAAGACCUACUGCUGAAAAAUUACUUCAGCAUCCUUUUGUUACCCAGCCUUUAAGUCGAACCCUUGCUAUUGAACUGUUGGAUAAAAUGAAUAAUCCUGAUCAUUCCACUUACCAUGAUUUUGAUGAUGAUGAUCCAGAGCCACUUCUUGUGCCUCAUAGAAUUCAUUCAACUAGUAGGAAUGUGAGAGAAGAAAAAACACGCUCUGAAAUAAACUUUGGCCAAGUAAAAUUUGAUCCGCCUUUAGUAAAGGAGACAGAACCUCAUCAUGAGUUUCACGGCAGUAACGAUUUUUUGGACAGUUCAGAAGAAAUAUACUACACUGCAAGAUCUAAUCUGGAUUUGCAACUAGAAUAUGGUCAAGGUCCCCAAGGCAGUUACUUCCUGGGUGGAAAUAAGAGUCUUCUAAAAUCAGUUGAAGAAGAACUGCAUCAGCGGGGACAUGUGGCACAUCUAGAAGAUGAGGAAGAUGUGGACAGUGAUGAUGCUAAACAGGCAAUAUUGGAGUUUGGAAAAAGGCAGUCAAGGCAAAAUUUGAUUCCCCAGCAAUAUGCAGGGAAUCACGUCAAUACCCUAAACCAGAACUUUGGCUCAACUAUGAAGGCUAAAGUGCCACCUCCUUUACCACCAAAGCCUAAAUCCAUCAGCAUACCACAGGAGACACAUUCUUCUGAAGAUGAUAAUCAAGGAACUAUCAAAAGAUGCCCUGUUUCAGAGAGUCCUGCAAGAUCAAACACACAGGUCCCACCUAGACCACCCCCUCCUCGGUUACCUCCACAGAAAUCAAAUGUUUUAGGUAAUGGAUUCAGUUCUGUACAACUAAAUGGUGACAGAGAGGGAUCUUCUCAUCAGGAAUCAAAUGAGAACAGACACACUAAUAUCUCUAGGAAAGAAAAAAAGGAAAUGCUGAAGCCAAUUAGUAAUGGUUUGCCUCCUACACCAAAAGUGCAUAUGGGUGCUUGCUUUUCAAAGGUUUUCAAUGGAUGCCCCUUAAAAAUUCAUUGUGCAACUUCAUGGAUAAACCCUGACACAAGAGACCAGUACUUGAUAUUUGGUGCAGAGGAAGGUAUUUACACCUUAAACCUUAAUGAACUUCAUGAAACUUCAAUGGAACAGUUAUUUCCACGACGAUGCACAUGGCUGUAUGUAAUGAAUAAUUGCUUAUUAUCAAUAUCUGGUAAAGCUUCUCAGCUUUAUUCCCAUAAUUUGCCAGGACUGUUUGAUUAUGCAAGGCAAAUGCAAAAGUUACCUGUUGCUAUACCAGCGCACAAACUUCCUGACCGAAUACUUCCCAGGAAGUUCGCUGUUUCUACAAAAAUCCCUGAUACUAAAUGGUGCCAGAAGUGCUGUGUGGUGAGGAAUCCUUAUACAGGACACAAAUAUCUUUGUGGGGCUCUACAGUCUAGCAUUGUUCUAUUAGAGUGGGUUGAACCAAUGCAGAAAUUCAUGCUAAUCAAGCAUAUAGACUUUCCUGUACCUUGUCCAUUAAGGCUGUUUGAAAUGCUGGUAGUUCCUGAACAGGAAUUCCCUUUAGUUUGUGUUGGUGUAAGUAAAGGCAGAGAUUUCAACCAGGUGGUGAAGUUUGAGACUGUCAACCCAAAUUCUACCUCUUCAUGGUUUACAGAAACAGAUACCACACAGACAAAUGUUGUACAUGUAACACAAUUGGAGAGAGAUACCAUUUUAGUCUGUUUGGAUUGCUGUAUAAAAAUAGUAAACUUGCAAGGCCGGUUAAAAUCUAGCCGAAAACUGUCUUCAGAACUUACAUUUGAUUUCCAGAUUGAAUCUAUAGUUUGCCUACAAGAUAGUGUUUUGGCGUUCUGGAAGCAUGGAAUGCAAGGCAGGAGUUUUCGAUCAAAUGAGAUCACACAGGAAAUUUUGGACAGUACAAGAAUAUUCAGACUCCUUGGAUCUGACAGAGUCGUCGUACUGGAGAGUAGGCCAACAGAUAACCCCACAGCCAAUAGCAACUUGUACAUCUUAGCAGGUCAUGAAAAUAGUUACUGAGAAGCAGUGUGCACAGUGGUUAAUCAUGAAAAGAGAACACUACUGCUUCAACACUUAAGGCUGAAAUUGCACAAGAGUUGUAAUAGCCCAUCUUCAGUUAGCUUGUAAUUUAUUGUGGUGAAUGAGAAGAGUGAGUGAGAGAGUGAGAAGACUUGCCUUGAAUGGUUUGGAAAUGAUUAGCACAUUUAUACCACAAAAGUGCUUGAUUCACCAUUAUGUAAUCUUUGUACAUAUAUGCAGUAUUUUUCAUUGAAAUGUAUUGCUGAAGGACUUCAUUGAUUUUAUGUAGAUAGGGGUCAGAUGUGUUACCUGUACAGAUGUAAAAAGGUUGCCGAGGACAUAAAUUGCAUUUGGGGUACUAUUUUAAGGACUCUGGCUUAAAAAUGGAAUGCUAGUGAUAAACACAGUGCAUUUAAAUAACACUAUUGUAUUUUAUUAUGUAAUUUACAAAUACAAAUAAAUCUUACCUUUUAGACAUUGUAAUCAAGGAUGUAAUCCUGUUAGAAUCUUGGACUUUUUAAAUUUUAUGCAAGUACACUGGUGUUUUGGUUGCACAAAGCAUUAAUAUGUGAUGUAUUUGGUCACAAAAAUGAGCUGUGACUUUGUGGAUAUGAUUUGAGCUUUUUUAUUUCAGUUUAUUUGGGUAGCUUUCAGUGUGAAACCAGCCAACUGAACACCUGUAUUUUUAUAUUUAAGGAAAAUUCUCUAAUUAUUUUCUGUGCUUGGGAAAGUUCAUAUUUUGGAAUGGGUUUAAAUCCCAAACAGUGGUACCUUGGCAUAAUUAUAAGCAUAUGCCAUGACAAAAAAAAUUAUUAUGAGUCUUUGUGAACCAGUGCCACCCACAUCAUGUUAAAAAUGCCUGCAUUCCGCAUCAUCGAGGCUGAAAUAUAUUUGGGGCUAGAUCUAGAGAUGCCCAUGUGCAAAAGGCUGUUACAAACCGCUGAUGUUCUGUGCACUUCUAUAUAGGUAUUCAUUAGCAGUUGCAUCAAGAUGUGUCCCUUUAUAUUGGCAGAGCUGUUCUGCCAUUUUAAACAGGAUCACUUUCUUACCUGUGUGUUUUGGGAUUCCAUGCAGGUGUCAGGCAAAGACAUUUGCCUGUUCUUAUUUUCUUUAUGCAGAGGUGUCCUGUAGGUGAUUGCUUUUCAAACUGUGUUCCAGGGAACCUAGGAAUUCCUCACAAGAUGAUUAGUAAGGGCAAACAAGAUUCUCUGAAAGACAGUGUGCCUACCACUAUUGUUCUUUCCCUGCCAUGCACAGUCACAAGGAAGUGUUGAAUGUGCUCUAAAAUGGAACAUUUAUUGUUUGCUGCAGCACAUCCAAAUAAACAUGUAUCCUGUAUGAUGUCCAAGAAUCUUACACAACAUGUAAGGUUCUUGGCAGGCAUGCAAAGUUUCCUCAACAGACUAGUGGAUUUCUUGGAGGCAAGAAGUUUGAAAGCCAUACGGAAUUACAGUUAUGAAAUAGCUGUUCCACAUGUUACAGAGGAUUGCUAGACAGGGUGAUUAUCUUAAUUUGGCUUUCUGUGAGAGGGAGUUUGGCCUUAUGAUCAUUUUUACAUUUUUCUUCCUAAUGUCUUAACACCUGGCCAAAAUUAUUUAGUUACUACCUCAUACAAACAAUGUAAUUAUUAUACAUCACAGGAACUUAGUUUUACGCUAAGCUGGUUUUCAUUGCUAAUUUUCCAAUGCAGUAUGUAUUGCCAAGUUGUUGGUUUUUUUAAAAUGCACAUAUUGGGGGUUUUUUUGUUUUUGGUAUAUGUUCUUUAUAUUGUGAUAAUAUACACUAAGAACAAAUUACAUUAAAAGUGAUUUAUGGUCUGUAUUGAUGUUGUUUGGUAAUACUUUUGAAUAUUUCCUAGUGUAUAUAAUGUAAAAUAAACUUUUUUAACAUGUUUGUUGUACAA